UGCUGCACUCGACGGCCAACUGUCCGAGGCGACGGGUUCGCCGCGCUCCGCCCGAUUGUAUUCCACUCUGUCUUCUUCCUCCCACACACGUCUGCCGCGAGCUACGGUGUUUUUUUCUCUUAACGCUGCGCGUUGAAAAAAUCUCGCGUUUAUCUUGCUCGGUCUCUUUUUUUUUCAAAAUCCCGCGCUUUUCGAACAAAGGGGCGCUGCCCCUCUACUAUUGCUGCGGUGUGCAUCAGAUAUAAACACACACACACGGUAAAAAGACGCGAGUGUCAAACAGCCUAUUAUGCACGUCAGUGUCAAGUGCCUUUUUCUUCGCUCAGUUUCUCUGUCCUCCGAGACACAAUAACAAUUAGAAAAGAUACACGAUAUAAGAAAAAGGGACGACUCGCCUGAGGGUAAGUCGCGGAGAGCAGUUCUGCAGUGUGAUUUUCCGCAGUACUGUAUACACAAAGAAGAGAGCAGCCGGCGGCACAGUGUCUUCUUCCACGUGCGCGCGUAUGUGUAUGCGUCCGUGUACAUGUAUAUGCGCAUAUAAUAGUGCGCGCUCGGAAGUACUGCCAGGAGUGUAGUAGUCGUCUUCUUCCUUUCGCAGACGGCGGCGAGAAAAAGGGAGCCGUCGCGUCGCCGGCCCUUCGAUCGCUGCUGCUGCAGUAGUGCUGGAAUCCGAAGACGACUGCGGCAGGGGCAAGGAACUCGAGUAAGAGAGAGACGGAUGUAUACGAAGUGUAAGGACUCUGUGCUAUAGUAUUAAUACAAGGCAUACAGUGUUUGUGCAUGUGUGUCUAUAAGAUCUGUGCGCGUGUGCAUCGCUGUAUACAUAUAUAUAACACACACGACAUCGGAGGCGCCGGCGAUCACUCGCACGCUUUCUGCUGCUGCGCCUCAAGUGAAUGAUUUUGUCCCUGGCAAAGUUCAGGCAGGAGGCGGUAACAGGAGUCGAGCAGCAGCAGCAGCUGUUUGCUUGUGUCCGGCCCCAUCACGCGUCACGCGGGGGUUGUGGGUCUAUGGGGGGCUACGCACCAGCGGGCCCCCAGUCCGAGCCCUGCAUCGACAGACUGUCGUGGCAGUGCGACUGCUUUGCCAACAGCAGCAGCAAAUGCCCCAUUGUCAGGACAAGUUGGCCAGCAACAAGCUGCAUCCACCAUAGCCAAACCCAUGAAGAGUCCAGCCAGCAUCAUGAGGCAGUCCAGCCUCACCAAGCUCGGCUCCAUGAUCAACACAGCUGUAAACAAACGGACCGGUAAUGGGGACAUUCAGUGGAGUUUCUCACAGGUGAAGGGAACCUUAGAAGAUGAUGUCACGGAAGCUGACAUUAUCUCCUGUGUGGAAUUCAAUCAUGAUGGUGACCUCCUGGCAACGGGUGACAAAGGUGGUCGUGUAGUUAUAUUCCAGAGGGAUCCUCUUAGUAAAGCUCUUAUUCCUAGACGAGGCGAGUACAAUGUGUACAGUACCUUCCAGAGCCAUGAACCUGAAUUCGAUUACCUAAAGUCCUUAGAAAUAGAAGAAAAAAUAAAUAAAAUAAGAUGGCUGAAGAGAAAAAAUCCAGCUCACUUUUUACUCUCGACGAAUGACAAAACCAUCAAGCUUUGGAAAGUCAGCGAACGAGACAAGCGAGUUGAGGGUUACAAUACAAAGGAGGAAAAUGGCGCUAUUCGCGAUCCUGCUUGUAUCACUGCCUUGAGGGUACCCACUAUAAAGCCAAUGGAACUGAUGGUCGAGGCCUCACCAAGGAGAAUAUUUGCUAAUGCGCACACUUACCACAUAAACAGUAUAAGUGUCAACAGUGACCAAGAGACGUAUCUCAGUGCGGAUGACCUUAGAAUUAAUCUUUGGCAUCUUGAGAUAACGGAUCAAAGUUUUAAUAUUGUAGACAUAAAACCCACGAACAUGGAGGAGCUGACCGAGGUUAUAACAGCGGCCGAGUUUCACCCCGUAGAGUGCAAUUUACUUGUCUACAGCAGUAGUAAAGGCACGAUUCGUCUAUGCGACAUGAGAUCGGCGGCGCUCUGCGACCGACACAGCAAGUUGUUCGAAGAGCCCGAGGACCCCACCAACAGGAGCUUCUUUUCCGAGAUCAUCUCAAGCAUAAGCGACGUAAAGCUCAGCAAUUCCGGCAGAUACAUGAUCAGCAGAGACUACCUCAGUGUUAAAGUAUGGGACUUGCAUAUGGAGACAAAGCCCAUCGAAAGCUAUCCUGUACAUGAGUAUUUGAGAUCAAAGCUGUGUUCAUUAUAUGAAAAUGACUGCAUCUUUGAUAAGUUCGAGUGCUGCUGGAGCGGCAACGAUUCGGCCAUAAUGACAGGUUCAUACAAUAACUUCUUCCGCGUUUUCGAUCGUUCAACGAAACGAGACGUAACACUGGAGGCGUCGCGCGACGUCGCCAAGCCAAAAACCCUUCUGAAACCACGCAAGGUCUGUACCGGUGGCAAACGUAAGAAGGACGAGAUUAGCGUGGACUGUCUGGACUUCAACAAAAAGAUACUGCAUACCGCAUGGCAUCCCACCGAGAAUAUCGUAGCGGUAGCGGCCACAAAUAAUCUCUUUCUGUUUCAAGAUAAGCUCUAGCACAUUUAUAUGCAGAUUAUACAACGUUACAUACUGACAUGAGCGUGGCGCGUGGAGAGGGAGAAGGUGUAGAUGGAGAAGGCAAAGAAGGAAAUAACAGAAGAAGCUGGCAACGCGAGUGUUUCGGGAUACGCGACAAGUAGUAGAGCAUGGACGAGCGUCAGCUUCGGCAAUAUCUCCGAUCGUUGACUGACCGAAGAGAAUCAUUACCAGAACCUCAGAUAGAUAGAAAAGUGUGUACCGGAAAAAUAAAAACAAAAGCGCCAUCGUCAAAACGGAGGAUCAUAUUCUCGCCACCGAAAGUGAGCGUCGAAAAUUAAUACAUUUGUAAAACGCGAUCUUUACGUCCAUAAUAAUACACAUCUAAGUACAUAACUAAUGAAACGACAUGUAUACACGCGCGCGCGAUCAUACACACAUGCACACGCAUACAGAGAUACACACAUACAAUCGUGAACCCGAACGUCAAUGCAUGUGUCAAGAAGAACUUUGACCCAAUACUCGCUUUAUUAUUACCCGUAUAAACGUAUAUCGCACUCGAUGAACCGCAUCAUUAUUAUAAUCUCGUCGAGGAACGAAUAUAUUAAGAUGUAUAUAUAUAUAUUGUGUGAGCAAACAGAAACGAUCCUCGGGCCAUCGAGCAAAUAAAUUGAUCUCGGCGUUGAAAGAAUUCGCUGCGCGGAUGAACCAACGUUCGACGAACGGCGAUCUACAGUCGAACUUUCUGAAUAAAACAGAGAGGACGAAGAAUUAUGAAAUCGAAUUGAUCACAUUAUCAUCGAUUGAGCCCAAAAUGUCCGGCAAUUUUCUAUGUACCGAAGCGAUUUAUCCUUUUUUUUUUUAAUGUCGUGUGAAACUUAAGAAGGUGAAUGUAAGAGAGAAUGACAGUGAAUUAUUUUUCGGAGGGAUGAUUGCCUGAUAUUUGUAAAAGCUUCGAUCGCUGAUAAAGUGCAGAUCGUUUAAUUUUUAUUGUUUUUUUCCUUUUUUUAGUGGAUUGUGAUGAUCGCGGAUUAUCGUGAAUUUUGUCUAUUAUAGCUUCGCAUUGGCGUACAAGAGAUGGUAAUGAAUGGACGUAGAGAAUCGAUGAUUAUUUUCGAUACUGAACCAAAUGGAAGUAGAAGCGCAAAGCAUUUGAGGCCGAGUACCUUUAACAUGUUGUUAUUGAUUUUCUCGAAGAUCUUUACGCAAUUCCUUUUAAAACAAUGAAAAAAUGCAGAAAAAAAAUAAAAAGAAUAACUUGUAAGAAUAGUAUGUGAUGAGAUUAGAUCAAAAGGAAAAUAUACUUUUCAUACCCCUUUUUCUUCUGUUUUUCAUUUAUUCAUAAACCUAUCAACCUUUUGUACUAAAAAUCAAUAACAAAAUGCUAAUGAUGAUACUAGGUAUUAUAAGAAUAGUUAUUAUGUAUAUUAAGUUUGAAGUCCGACUGCAACUGAGCUCAAAACAAUUAACAUAAAUAAGAAGCUAGUACAGUUCAUUGAUUGUGUGCAUAAAUAAUUAGAUAAUACCUCACUUUUCAAACUGUAUGAAUUUAAUUUUUCAAUAAUCGAAUUUUCGUAUCAUUUUUAAAUGGCUGGAACCAGUAAUGUAGGGUCAAAUAAAUUUAUUUUUAAGUUAUAGGCUCGUAUUUAAGAACUGUGAACGUUUCUCAAUAACGGUUCUUUUUAAGCAAAGACAACGUUCAAUUCCACUGUUAUAUUAUUAGCUUCUAAUGGCCUACAGUUGUUCAUUUUUAUUUUUAUAAUAAAACUUGAUUCUCAAGUCCAAUGUUCAAGUUAACCAUUUUAAAAGAAAUUUGAUUUCUGAUACAAAAUAAAGCAUUAUUAAGCUCAAAUAAAUUUUUUUCAUCUUA